AUUAUUAAAACGUCUAUAGAAGCUGCUACGACAAUAAAAGAAACAACAUGGUGUCAAGGGACGCUCCGCAGGGGUCGCUAGAACGUCUACGCCUGGUUACCGGCACGCGAUUGGUCCACGUUUGGCGCUUUCAAGUUUGGAAGGGGUUUUCUUGGCUGUCGGUCGUAUAGUUGCUCGUUGUGGGGAGCUUCAUAGAAAGUAGAGGGAGAACUAAGGGAAAGAAAGAAUAGAAAGAAGAGGGUGCCAAGUAAAUCGCUUGCAGGUGAUACAAGAUUGACAACGCGUCCAAGACAUAGUCGCAAGUCAAAUAGUUCAAUAGCGUAGUCCAAUCGUUAGGCUAAUAAAAUAGCAACAUUCCUUUUUUCGAGUGAAUACUUUUGCGAAAAUACUCUUCGCGAUACUCCCAAAUAUUCCGGUGAUCUCGUGUCUUAUAACUGGUGUUGUUUUGCAAUUUUUUCACCUGACUGGAUAAAAACAGCCGUCAAGAUGAAAUUAAAACAACAAGGCUUGGUAGCGGAUUUGUUGCCGAAUAUUCGUGUUAUGCAAUUCGGUGGACACUUUAUGUUUAAUUAUGUUGAAAAUUCGACAAAAUUCAUGCAGAAAAUAUAUUGCUGUGUUCAUUUAUUUUUGAUGCUCCUCCAAUUCGGUCUCGCUGGGGUAAAUCUAGCCCUUGAGAGCGGCGAUGUCGACGAUCUCACAGCUAAUACAAUUACUUUACUCUUCUUCACGCAUCCUGUGGUUAAAAUAAUAUACUUCGCGGUCAGGAGCAAGCUAUUUUAUAGAGUACUGGCUAUUUGGAAUAAUCCAAAUAGUCAUCCACUAUUCGCCGAAAGCAAUGCCAGGUAUCACGCGAUAGCAUUGAAAAAAAUGAGAACUUUGCUCUUCGCUGUUGGAGCAACAACGGUCUUUUCAGUUUUUGCCUGGACUGGUAUUACGUUCGUCGGUGAUUCUGUAAAAAAAGUCACGGAUCCUGAAACUAAUGAGACCACUUUAAUGGAGAUUCCUCGAUUGAUGCUUCGUUCUUGGUAUCCUUACGAUCCGAGCCAUGGCAUGUCACACGUCAUGACCCUGGUCUAUCAAUUCUACUGGUUAUUCUUUACCAUGAUGAACUCGAAUUCUCUCGACGUUCUUUUUUGUUCGUGGCUCCUGUUUGCCUGCGAACAAUUACAACAUCUCAAGCAAAUUAUGAAACCUCUGAUGGAAUUAAGCGCAACUCUCGACACGGUUGUACCAAACAGUAGCGAAUUGUUCAAGGCUGGAAGUGCCGAGCAUCUGAGAGAUACGCAAGGUACUCAACCGCCCCCGCAACCUCCGCCAGGCGGUGAAAGUAUGCUGGAUCUUGACCUCCGUGGUAUAUACAGCAAUCGACAAGACUUUACGGCGACCUUCCGACCAACGGCAGGAAUGACGUUCAAUGGUGGCGUAGGACCGAAUGGAUUGACCAAGAAACAAGAAAUGCUCGUUAGAAGUGCUAUCAAGUAUUGGGUGGAAAGGCACAAACACGUCGUUAGAUUGGUUACCGCGAUCGGAGAUGCUUACGGUAUAGCUUUACUACUUCACAUGUUAACAACGACCAUCACGUUGACGCUUCUCGCAUAUCAAGCUACCAAGGUAAACGCCGUUGACGUCUAUUCAGCCACGGUAAUCGGUUAUCUCUUAUACACUCUCGGCCAAGUCUUUUUAUUCUGCAUAUUCGGUAAUCGUUUGAUAGAAGAGAGUUCAUCCGUUAUGGAAGCUGCUUAUUCCUGUCACUGGUACGAUGGCUCCGAAGAGGCCAAAACUUUCGUCCAAAUCGUUUGUCAACAAUGUCAAAAAGCAAUGUCCAUCUCCGGAGCUAAAUUUUUCACCGUCUCUCUGGAUCUUUUCGCUUCCGUAAGAUGCAAACUAGCUGCAUUCCCUUUUUUAUUCUUUUCAAUUCUCUGUUAUAUUUAUGAUAACGAGAGAUUUAUGGUCUUUUCCAUGUCUUUCUAGGUAUUGGGAGCUGUCGUGACUUACUUCAUGGUGUUGGUACAGCUCAAUUGAACGAUCGAUGAUUAUCUUAUUGUAACUACAUAUUUCAAUUUUCCGAAAGGACCAAAAUUCUAAUUUGUCGCGGCCAAAAUAAGAAGAAUUCUUAUUUUCUUGAAAAAUCUUACAUUAUCUUUAAUAGAAAUAAUACUCUCUGUGCUGCAUUUAGCUUACGUAAGAGAAAUGUUGAAAAAAAAAGAAAAAGAAAAGGGGGAAAAAUAUUACGCUAAAAUCACCGGAAAUAAGUGUCAGUUUGUUGGACGAUACGAGACACGAAGGAAUCUUUAGUGUACUUUUGUCAAGAAACAUUGUUUUAAUCGACUAGAAAUAUCAGACAAUAGUAUAUCAUCAAUAUAAAAGAAAAAUUCUGUGAUUUGCUUAUCCAUUUGAAAAUCUCGUUAAGAAAAAGAACGAAGAUGCAAGACGAAUUUCUUAUAUCAAAAUAUGUAUAACGAACGAUCGAUCGAUCAAUUUGCAUUUUUGUUCUAUUCAUACGACGUCGGUGUACACCGAGUGUAUAGAUAGGAAGAUAAAUGGAUUUUACGUAUACGUAAAAUAAAUAAUAUCCAGAUAAUAAUUUGUAAUAAUACAGUACAAUAACAAUUCUCAUUGAAUCGGACUAGUUUUCGAUUAAAUAGGAUUAACAAAUUACAUAGAUGUUUUAAUGAUAAUUUUCAUAUUUCUCUAUAACUUGCACGAUUAAUAUUAACUCGUGUAGAGAGAGAGAAAGAGAGAGGGAAUUAAAAAUCAAAAAGUUUAUCUACUAUUAUUACUGUUACUAAAUAUUUACUCUCUGCGAUGAGAAUUAGAGGUUCGUUCGUUUUGUUUCUAUUAAUAGAAAACUUACAACAUACACGUACAAUUAAAUCGCGCGAUUUAAUAUAUAACGUAUCGAUAGACAUAUAUCCUUAAAUAUUUAAUGAACGUUCAGUAUUACAGAAUUGUCAUUUGUGUAAAAGUGUAAUUAUAUUUAUCUAAUAAAAAUCUUUCCAAACGA